CCCUUAUUGAUCGUACUUUCUGUCAAGGUAGCGCUGUAAUCGAAUCCUUGCAAUGGCACGAACCAAGCAAACGGCUCGCAAGUCCACCGGCGGUAAGGCUCCUAGGAAGCAACUGGCGACCAAGGCUGCUCGGAAGUCGGCUCCGGCCACUGGUGGUGUGAAGAAGCCUCACCGUUUCAGGCCCGGUACGGUAGCGCUUCGUGAGAUCCGAAAGUACCAGAAGAGCACUGAGCUUCUGAUCCGUAAGCUUCCUUUCCAGCGUCUGGUUCGUGAGAUCGCUCAGGACUUCAAGACGGAUCUCCGAUUCCAGAGCUCCGCCGUCGCCGCCCUUCAGGAAGCUGCUGAGGCUUAUCUAGUCGGACUCUUCGAAGACACUAACCUUUGUGCUAUUCACGCUAAGAGAGUCACUAUUAUGCCUAAGGAUAUUCAGCUGGCGAGGCGUAUUAGGGGUGAGCGUGCUUGAGCAUUCAGUUAGAUUUGUAUAGCGUGGGCUGCCUAAUGCUUAAUCGGCAUAGUUAAUUUGACUUAGAUGGGUUUACCUUUUGGAGCUUUUGUAAGCAAGUGCCGGUGUAAUAGUUUCCUUAUGAAUCAAAACAAGAUGUUCUGUUCAGUUAAUUUAUUCUGUUCUUCUGCUAUGUGAAAAUUUAA